ACUGAGUUGGAGAAUUCAGAUACUUUCCUGCCUGCAGUGGACACUGACUGGAAGGAGCAUGACAUCGAGACGCCAUACGGGCUGCUGCACGUUGUCCUUCGGGGAUCCCCCAGGGGAAACCGCCCAGCCCUCCUGACUUACCAUGAUGUGGGGCUCAAUCACAAGCUGUGUUUCAACACUCUCUUCAAUUCUGAGGAUAUGCAGGAGAUCACUAAACACUUUGUGGUGUGCCACGUGGAUGCUCCAGGGCAGCAGACGGGGGCCUCCCAGUUUCCUCAGGGGUACCAGUACCCUUCCAUGGACCAGUUGGCUGCCAUGCUGCCCAGCGUGGUGCAACACUUUGGGUUCAAGUACGUGAUUGGAAUUGGAGUUGGAGCAGGUGCCUAUGUCCUUGCUAAAUUCGCCCUGAUCUUCCCAGAACUGGUUGAAGGCCUUGUUCUGAUUAACGUCGAUCCAAAUGGCAAAGGCUGGAUUGACUGGGCUGCCAGCAAGCUCUCUGGCCUGACCAGCACAUUAUCUGACAUGGUGUUGUCUCACCUGUUCAGCCAGGAGGAGCUGGCGAAUAACGUGGAGCUGGUGCAGAGCUAUCGUCAGCAAAUUGCCAGUACGGUGAACCAGUUUAACCUCCAGCUCUUCUGGAAUAUGUACAACAGCCGCAGAGAUCUGGAGAUGAGCCGCCCCGGCAGCAUGCUAAAAGCCAAGACGCUUCGCUGCCCAGUGAUGCUGGUGGUGGGUGACAACGCCCCUGCAGAAGACGGCGUGGUUGAUUGCAACUCCAAGCUGGACC